AUUGGUAUUGGUUUCAACGAUCGCUUCCAAGUCUCGUUCGGGCUACGUUGUUGCUAGAACGCAGCUAUAAUUUGAGGCUAUGGCGAGUUCCGUGGACCUUAAAGUUGUUAUCCAACACAUCGUAAACGGUACCUUGGCAGAUAAUUUGUGUCUAAUUUGCUUGAAACCGCUGGACGAGCUGAAUGAACAUAUUUUGACUACAAUAUGCAAAGAAGGCAAGGAAUAUUGCAUUGCAGACGUUCUAGAGCAGGUUUGCCACGUUAAGUUUUCAGAUGUAAUUCAACACAGAGUGUGUUCAGAAUGCUUCGUAACAUCAUCAGCUGCCUAUAAAUUCUUUCUCUCAGCCAAGCGGAGUCAAGAAAUCCUAAAUUUCUACACAGAAGAAUUGCAACAGAACAUGGAUUUUAUUAAUACAGACUUGCAAAACUCUGAGGACUCCAUCUGUAUAUCUUUGCCAUUAUUUACCCCAAGUGUUCAAGCAUAUGACUAUGAUUUAGAAGGCCUAGCGCUUCAGAAUAGCCGUGAAAAUGCCGAUGAUAAUUCUGAUAUUGAAAAACAUAUUUCUGCAAUUAAAAAAGAAGUUGUGGUCAAAACAGAAGUGAUUGAUGAUGAUGAUGAUGAUGUUAUUGUAGUCAUGAAUGAUAAAAAACCUUCUUUUUUAAAGCCUCAAGAUGGGAAUUUAGUUUUAGUUGAUAAAGUUGAGGAAAAGAAAUAUAUGAAGAUGUUUGGUUAUUCGGAUAAAGUCAAAAUUGAAGUUGAGGUGGAGAAGUGUAAACAACGAAGGAAAAGGAGACCCAUGAUGUAUAUGUUUUGCAGUCAGUGCCCUGUCAAAUAUAGAUUUGGAGCUAAAUUGAGGGAUCACAUGAAAACUGAACAUAACAUUGAUCUGUUUGUUUGUCAGGUAUGCAAAGCCACAAUGGAAGACGAACAAGAGUUCAACAACCAUUUAAAAACCCACACAAACACACACAUAUGCGCAAUAUGCAAUAUGGUCUUCAAAAAGAGAGACACCAUUAUCUCCCAUCUCAAGAAACAUGAAGCCAUGCACCAAUGCACUAUGACCGGCUCACAUAUCUGUGAGCUAUGUGGACAAGUCCUAGCAGACGAGGAUCAUUUGAAACAGCAUUACGAGAAGAAACAUGAUAAAAAGUAUACUUGCUAUUAUUGUGGAAAGAUGUAUAAAGGAGAGCUUAGCUUUGAUAGCCAUAUAAAGAAGCAUGAAGAGCAUUUGCGAGUAAAAAAUACGAACCUAUCCCCAGCACCCAAGCCUCAAGAGAAACCUCUAAAGAAGAAAGAAAAGAGAUUCCACUGCGACCUCUGCGGUGGCAACUUUGUAGACGAACGGGCCCUCAUGUGGCACACGAGGUUACAUACUAAUGAGCGGCCACAUAUCUGUGACAUCUGCGGGCGUGGCUUUGUCUCAGUGAACCGGCGCAACCAGCACGCCAAGUGCGCGCACUCCGCGCCCUCGCGGCGCUGCCCGCUGUGCCCCUCGCUGUUCCACCUGCGCUCCAUGGUCAACACGCACAUCAAGAAGGUACAUCUUAAAGCCCACAAACGGCGCAACCGGACGUCCAAAUAUCAAGAAGUUUACUGGCGGACUGAACCUGUCCCUAUACAAGAGCUCAGUGUCUCCAUACAGAAUGAGAUCUUAGAGCUUAAGGCGGCUCAAGAGGAAAGUGAGGUCAAAGGGUUCGGUCCUGACUGGGUUCUAUAACUACUGCACAGGUGCACAGUUCAAAUAUCAGUGUUUCCUCACCUUAUUCUUGAACUUCUACAAACCCGAAGUUUGUCAGCGAUUAAGGGUCGAAUCAUGCUGUCCCCUUUCUAAUGUAUGGCACUUUCCCUUUCGGCUAUUUAGGGUUGUCAAAAUACUCAAAAUUCAAGUCAUUAUCUUAUCUGUGGUUGUGCACGCAAAGGGACGUCAAGUUGUGCCAACCCUAAUAAUUGCUUGGAGCAAUGCUGAGCCGAGUUUGCCCGAAAGGAGAAGUGUCCCCCUAGUUCCAUACUUAAAGUCGCGCCCGAGAACGCAACUCAUGCUGAAUUGUUUCAAUUUUAAGUUAGGUAUUUUUAAAACUAAUCAUGUCUAAAUAGCAAAGAGGAUAUAAUAAUAAUAAUAAUAAUAAAAUACUUUAUUGUGCACUACAAAGAAAAAUACAUGUUACAAACAA